AAACAUACUGCUUUUGCCACCUUCCCCAGUGAAAAUGCAGCUGCAAAGGCUUUAUCAAGACUGCAUCAGCUGAAACUUUUGGGUCACACCUUAGUUGUUGAAUUUGCAAAGGAGCAAGAGAGUGCCCAGGUACUUAGCCAGCCUUCUGCCUCAGACAAGUGCAAAAGUUUAGAAGAACCAGUGAAAGAAGAAGAGAAGAUUGAACCAAACUGUGUUAAAAUAGAGAAUGGAAUUGCACCUAACCAUGGCCUCACCUUUCCCAUCAAUUCUUGCCUCAAAUAUUUGUAUCCACCACCUUCAAGUGCAAUUCUAGCAAAUAUAGCAAAUGCCUUGGCAAGCGUGCCCAAAUUUUAUGUCCAGGUACUCCAUCUGAUGAAUAAAAUGAAUCUUCCUCCACCUUUUGGGCCAAUCACUGCUCGCCCUCCCAUGUAUGAAGAGUAUUUGCCAGUGCCUGUGCCACCUCCCCCAAUCCCACCUCUGCCUCCUGAAGAGCCUCCUUUGCCUGAAGAGGAAGAAGGACUGUCUAGUGGGGAUGAAUCAGAAUAUGAAAGUGAUAAUGAUGAGGAAAAGGAGAGAAUGACAAAGUUGAUGGAAUUAGCAACCCUUCAGCCUAAAAGACCAAUAAACACAAAGAAGCGUGGUGUUAGAAAAAAGCAAAGAAUUAAGGACAUGUUGAAUGUUCCUGUGUGUACUUCCCACAGUAACUCGCACCCUACACUGUCACCUUCAGAUGUCUUUGAGCAGCUGCAGCAUGUAGGUCACAAAAAAAUAGAGUUUCAUAUUAGUACUGAGAUCCCAGCUGUUCUUCAGACAAACCAAGAAAAAGAAGAAAAAAAAGACCUUUAUGCAACCACGGAAGAAAUCAAUAACACAGGCUUUGGAAGGAUUUUCCCAGCUCCUAGCUCAAAUGAUAAAAUGGAAACUGAAGAGGAGGAUGAUGAAAUACCAUCAGAAUUUAUUUCUAGAAAGGAUCUAGAAAAAAACAGACUUUCUAGAGAAGAAAUGGAAAAAUAUUCUGUUUUCAAAAACUAUGAGCCAGGUGAUCCAAAUUGCAGGAUAUAUGUGAAGAAUUUAGCUAAACAAGUUCAAGAAAAGGAUCUUAAGUUCAUUUUUGGAAGAUAUGUUGACUUCCAGUCAGAGGUAGAACGCAAUAUGUUUGAUAUCCGUGUGAUGAAAGAGGGCCGGAUGAAGGGACAGGCUUUCAUUGGACUGCCCAAUGAGAAGGCAGCUGCUAAGGCACUAAAAGAAGUUAAUGGCUAUGUCUUAUUUGAAAAACCCAUGGUGGUUCAAUUUGCUCGUUCAGCUAGACCAAAACAGGAUGCCAAUGAAGGGAAAAGAAAAAAGUAAAACCCUGCACAAGGUAUGGACUCUGCCUGAAAGUGAAAACAAAGGAUUGGGCUGGGGUUUUUGUUAGUGUUUGUUUGGUUUUAUUUACUCUCUCUUUAACAGCUUAUUUAGGAAAAUUAAUGAUGGAGAGGAAAUGUUCCAUACCAAUUUAUUUUCUUAAAUGUGUGCUUAUAUUGGAAAAACAGGGUGCAAGGUAUAUAGUUGGUGUAAGUUUAUAACUUUCCUUUUUCCUGUGUUAGAAAUCUCAGGGGGCAAUAUUUUUCUAAUCCUGAUAUUGUAGGACACUUGUCAGUUCCUUAAUUUGCAAAGAUAACGAGAAUAAUUUUGUGGAAUUGGACCACUUAUCUUUUAGUAAUCUCCCAGGGUUUUACUGUUGAAAAGUGUUGCCUCUUAGCUCCUUCCUUUCUAUCCCUGCUGCUGUAAUGGGAUUCUGAAGAGCUGGUUCUAACAAACUUCUGCUGGCUGUAAAGAAUCUUUUUUAACUUCAGAAAAUGAGUUUUUAGUGCUGUUACAGUAACCUUUAAACUUGUCUGAAUUAGUGAAUUGCAUUGAUAAAGGCUUCCUUUGUUGUGGAAUAUGUAGGUCCUGAUUUUUGGCAUUUUUUAAAUGUAAUGAGAAAGUACCUUCUAGCAGGAAGUUGCUAUUUAACUUUUUAUUUCUUAUAAUGUAGCUUUACUUCACUGCUCCCUACUCUGGGUAUUUCAUUUAUGUGAGAGUAAGUCAAGCCAAAUCAGCUCUAAUUUACCUGAGUGGUUUCAUGGCCUGCAAACAUCUGCAUAGUGAACUCAAAAAUGACCAUGUGAAGUAACUGGUGCAAGAAUAAAAAGCAUUUAUUUCUCAGUCUGCACCCUCUGAUACAUGACUUAGCUCCAAUUUAAAGGGCACUGACCUUAAUUUCUGGUUACAGUUGAGAUCACUUUGGUUAUGCCUCUGCUUAAAACAAAAUUAAUUGAAAUCUUACCCUGAGUGUUUAGGAAACAUUCCUUAACAACGGAUGGUGUGUUUUUAAUCUGGAGCUUGAUCCUUGUUACUCAGGAUGUGAACAUUUGCUUUGAUUUUUACAAAUUGGCUGUAAAGCCCACAGUGUGGUUAUUGUGAUGGUAGUAUUUCUGUUUUUAACAGCUACUCUAAUUGUAGGUUCUUCAUUCCAUCCAUUGUCUAAGGAUUUUUAAACUCAGAUUUAGGCUUGUUUUUCUCUCUCUGGUCUUACUUCCUAUUUUGUGUUAUUGUUUGUAGUUUGCAAAGUCUGUAUUUUGUCAGAUUAAAGAUCACUCUGUAGUGGUAAUUGAAAACAGCCUUGGCUAAAGUGUUCUAUUAGGAUCAUGUAUUUAUGAGACUAUUUCAGUCUUGUUUGUCAGUCCUUUCUUGUUAGAAAAAACUUUCUAUUUAUCUAAUAAGAUUACUAAGGUUUCUUAUAUUAAAAAAAAAAAUUGAAGCAUUUUAGCUAUUGGAGAAAACCGGAUAGAUGAAGUCAGCACUUUUAUUCUUUUAGGAAUUCCCUUUUUUUCCAACUCAUUUUGUACAUUAAUUCUGAAUUCAUUAAACAGGCUAAAUACUUGAAUUGCAUAAAGAAAAUAACAAAGUGCUUAUUUGUUGUUAUUCUGAUGGUCAACUCAGAAGCUUUUUCUAGAGAGAGCAAACCAUUCUGAGGCAAGAUUUAAUUGUGCAUCUGAAAAUCUUCCAUGAGUUACCAUCUUACAAGUGUCCCUGGUGUGUCCAUGGGCAGAACUUCUCUUACCCUGACUGUUCAUACGUUUUAAUCAUAUCAUUGUGCCAAGGAGUUACACAGGUUUCUAAGGAUCCAUGAGGUUUAAUUAAAAAGACUUGUUGCAUUUCCCAAGUAAUGAUUAAGCUGACCCCUAUUUCUGCAUGAUCGUUUUUCUGUUCCUGCUGGAAUAUUCGGAUGGAUGCUGAUUUAUGAAGUAAAAUCCCAUGAUAAAAACUUGAGUCUGCUUGAGUCUAGGGUUGUUUUUCUGUUGUUGGGUAGGUUUUGUUGGGUUUUUUUUUGUUUUAUUUUGGGUUUUUUUAGUUGUUUUUUUUUUCUACAAAGGCUUUAUCCUUUUUUUUGACAAAACAAUACAUCUGGUUUAUAAAAUAUUGCAGAACUUGCUGGCUGAAAUGUCUCUUUAUUGACGGACUGGCAAAAAGUUCACCUAAAGUGACUUUUUCCUGUAGCUAAAAUACAACUGUUUGGGAGAAAAGUUAUGUGGAAGAAACUGAUGUUGAGAUGUCUCCAGCUUCUUCAUAAGGAAAAAGUGGUUUGAAAGCUGGCAUUAAAGGGAAACAUGAUUGGGUUUUGGAUCUGAUGGAAAUAAAGUGAGUCUGUAAAAUGGCAAAGACUUGAAGGAGAUGGAAGAAUCUGCUGGUCCUAAUAGUUCAAGUUAUCAAAAAAAAGUGUUUUCUUUUGAAUAUGAAGUUUAGUGUUGAUGGAUUCAUCAGUCCUCAUUAAGUCUCACAAGGGGUUAGAAUUGUUUUUUAUCAAAGAGGCAUAUUUGCUUUUUUUUGGUAGGUAGCAUAAAGUUAUGUGUGUGCAAUACUGAGAAUCAAGUAAAAUUAAACCACAUUCUGCUGUUCUUCUUUAGAAACAUUCCUGCGUAAAUACUGCAAUAAUACUGUCAUGCAGAGUGUAUCCUUUCUUGUUGUAUCCUUUUUUGUGCAAUGUUUCCUGUAGCACUCAACUGCAUCUUAGGUUUCCAUAACAGAGUAGGUGUGGGGAGGAGUUAACACAUUUUAAGCUUGAGCUAAUCUAAUAAUUUUAAAAAGCAAAUUUUUUCAGUGGGGGGGAAAGAAACCAAAGAGUUGUCUGUGGUUGUGUGAAUAGACACAAUGAAGGUUCUUAGUCUUAAAAGGUGGCCUUCACCUUCUUCUUCAGGUACCCUAGUAAGUAAUUUGUGGUCCUGUUCCUUAGUGUAGCAGUUCUAGCUCAUACCAGCUGAUCUGUGUGAAGCUGUGCUGAGCUCACACUGACCAAGCCACCUUGUUUUACUUUAAAAACCUAUUAAUAUAAUAAUAUGUUGGCUAAAAUAGAUUGUAGAGCAGUUUUAAUAUUAAGGGGUUGACCAGUAUUUUAGGUCAUUUGAUGAUUACUGUUGUCCUGGUACAUGAGAAGCAAUCUGGAGUUGAUUUAGUUAAUACAUUCCUUACUUUCUCUUUUUAGAAUAAAGAAGAAAAUUAACAAUAUCUGGCAUUUAAGUAUUUGGAGCUGGACUAAUAAUCAACUAUUAAUCACUGCUACCUUUUUGUUGGUUGUUUGGGGUUUUUUUACAUUGCUGUCUGCACUGAGGUAGUGUUGUUGCUGGUGACCUACAUGUUUCCUAUGGGUUUCAUACUACAUCACUGUUUAACAUUCUAUAAUAUAAAAUUAAUACAGUCUGCAUUUAUUAAGAUGUAUUUUUCACAGACAUUAAGCACUUUUAAAACACUAAGCAUCUUUCAAUUUAGUUGUCAAAAGCCAGUAUAACACUGCUGUUUUUUGGUAGUUCUUACUUUUAACAUGCCUUUGUGAUGUUCCAGGUCCCUUUUGUGUUCCUUCUCUUUCAAGUGUUUCUGAGCUGGGGAAGAAGCAGUGUGAUCAUGAGGACUCUUGAACUGUGCGUAGUUGCAUUUCUAAAGUAUUUAAGGCAGAGAAUAAAUUUUCCUGUCUUAAGGAUUCCACAUAUCUUUAAAUAUCACAAGACUCACUACAUCAUAAAUGUAUGUUAGAUUGCUUGUGAAAUCUAAUAAAUUAUUUUCCUUCUCUUCA